AUGGCCACGGAACACCCAGAAGAUGCUCACAAGCGGUCCCCUUCGCAUGUCGAGGAUAUCCAUCACCCUGGCAAAGUCAGCCGUGGAGAUACGGCACUCGCCCUCCUUGCAGAUGGCGGUGAACUGGAAUCAGCUGAGCCUGAAGAAUUGAAGCAACUAGUGCGCAAGAUAGACUGGGUCAUCUUACCGUUUCUCUCAGUCUGCUAUGCGUUUUACUACAUUGACAAAACUACACUGUCAUACGCAGCCAUCUUUGGCAUCAAGGAGGAUCUGAAAUUAACGGGAGAGCAAUACUCAUGGCUGUCCUCUGUCUUCUACUUUGGCUUCCUUGUCUGGGCGCUGCCUACCAACUUUCUCCUUCAGCGCUUCCCUGUGGGCAAGUACCUAGGCGUGAAUAUCUUCCUAUGGGGAUUCUUUCUGAUGCUACAGGCUGUGGCAAAGAACUUCACUCAGCUGGCUGUUCUGCGGGUGAUAUCCGGGGCCGCUGAAGCAUGCAGUGAUCCCGCCUUCAUGCUCAUUACCAGCAUGUGGUACACGCGACGCGAGCAGCCCAUCCGCAUCGGAAUCUGGUACACGGCGAAUGGAGCCGGAAUUGCCCUGGGUGGCCUGCUAGGGUAUGGAAUCGGGCAGAUCAAUGGUGCCCUCGCCUCCUGGAAGUACGAAUUUCUGAUCAUCGGCGCCCUCUGUGCAUUCUGGGGUAUACUCAUCACAAUCUUCCUUCCCGAUUCCCCCGUCAAUGCCCGUACUUUCUCCACUCGAGAAAGACGACUGACCAUCGAGCGACUCCGCGACAACCAAACCGGUGUUGAAAACAAAACCCUCAAGCCGACACAAGUCCUCGAAGCCCUUCUCGAUUGGAAAGUCUGGGUAUUCCUGCUCCUCGGCCUGUCAGGCAACAUUCCCAAUGGAGGAAUAUCUAACUUUGGCACUCUGAUUAUCCAGGGAUUUGGUUUUUCAACCCUGGUAACAACCCUAAUGCAAAUCCCCUACGGCGCCUUCACCUCCCUAAUGAUCAUCAUCGCCGUCUUCAUCAACGACCGCCUCCCCCCCAACAACCGCUGCCUAACCGCCAUCUUCUUCCUUCUCCCCAACCUCGCCGGCUCCUUCGGCCUCGCCUUCCUCCCCGCCACUAACCAAGUCGGCCGUCUAAUCUGCUAUUACCUGACAGGCUCAUACAACGCCUCCUUCGUGCUGAUCCUGUCUAUCCUAACGGGAAAUAUCGCAGGCCAUACAAAGAAGGUUGUCACCAAUGCGAUGAUCUUCCUCGGCGUGUGUGCGGGUAACAUUGCGGGACCGUUCUUCUAUCGCUCUGAGCAGGCGCCGCGGUAUACCUUGGGGAUUUGGUCCAUGGUUGUGGCAAAUUUCAUUGAAAUUGCGUUGAUUGGGGUGCUGAGGGUUGUGUUGGCGUGGGAGAAUCGGAGGAGGGAUAAGAUGAGGAUCAGGGAGGAUGGGGAUGGAGUUGGGGUUGGUAGUGGGGACGGGGAUGAUGUGGUCGCAUUUGGGGAUCUGACUGAUAAGGAGAAUUUGAAUUUCCGGUAUGUUUAUUAG